UGUUUGGUUUAGUGGCUUGAGGACGUGUAUUAGAUUGUGGACGUAAUCUUGUUCCUCCUUCCAGUUAUUGACAUGCAGCCGUUCAAAGAGAAGAAUAAAGCCAGACUGAGGGAGGAGUUUGCUGAGACCAUGGAGGGAACCGGAGAUGAGAGAACUCUCCUCAACAGCAUCUUCAUACCACUUUACAUGACAACAGGGGAGAGUAAAGGGGUCAAUAAAGAACAUGAGAUCAUGCAGACUGUGUAUCCAUCCAAGGGCAAACCAUCAUCAGAAAGGCCAGUCCACUAUAGUGACAUCUUCAAUCCCCGAGGUGAACAAGAGACAAAGAUUGUGCUGACGAAGGGCAUCGCUGGCAUUGGAAAAACCAUCUCAGUGCACAUGUUCAUUCUAGACUGGGCAGAAGAGAAAUCCAAUCAGGAUAUAGAUUUCAUCUUUGUGCUUCCAUUCCGAGAGCUGAAUUUGAUGAAAGGUGACUUCAGUCUUCAAGGUCUUCUGAAGGAAUUUCAUCCAGAGCUUAAAGACAUAGAAGAUGUGGAGAAAUUCAACAACCACAAAGUUCUGUUCAUCUUGGAUGGGAUUGAUGAAAGCAGAUGUCUUCUGGAUUUCCAACACAAUGAGAGAGUGUCUGAUGUUACGAAGGAUUGUCCAGUUGAUGUUCUGCUGACCAACAUCAUGAAGAAGAAUCUGCUUCCCUCUGCUCUCCUCUGGAUAACCUCCCGACCUGCAGCAGCCAGUCAGAUCCCCCGCAGAACCGUCAACAUCAACCUGGAGACAGAAGUUCGAGGGUUCCAAGAAGAACAGAGGCUUGAAUACUUCAGGAAGAGAUUUUCUGAUGAUGAGGACCUGGCCAACAGAAUCAUCGAACACAUCAGGACCACAAGGAGCCUUUACAUCAUGUGUUACAUUCCUAUCAUGUGUUGGAUUAUCGCCAAGGUCCUAGAACACAUGUUGAGAGAAAACAACAGUGGAAAAAUCCCCCAAAGUCUGACUGAAAUGUACAUUCACUUCCUGAUUACUCAAACAAAGUGUGGAUUCGAAAAGUAUCAGGGGGUAACUGACAUGGAUGACGAGAAGGUUUUAGAAUUAAGUAAAGACUUGAUGCUGAAACUAGGACAGCUAGCAUUCGAACAGCUGGUGAAGGGGAGUGUAAUAUUCAAUGAGAAAGACCUGAGAAAAUGUGGGAUUGAUGUUGAUGAAGCUGCAGUGAAAUGUGGACUGUGCACAGAAAUCCUGAAGGUAGAACGUGGGCUGUCUAAGAAGAAGAUGUACUGCUUUAUGCACCUGAGCUUUCAAGAGUUCCUCGCUGCUCUCUAUGUGUUUUACUGCUGUGUCACCAAGAACAUCAGUGCUCUGGAGUCCUUCCUGGAGAACGUGUCUGCAGAGCUGCCCCUGCAUGAGUUGCUGAAGAGAGUCGUGGAUAAAGCUCUACAGAGUAAGAAUGGACACCUGGACCUGUUCCUCCGCUUCCUUCUUGGCAUCUCACUGGAGUCCAACCAGACUCUCUUACAAGGCCUUCUGCCCCAGAUAGACAACAUCUCAGAGACUGAUGAGGAGAUGAAGAAAUACCUCAGGAAGCCAGACGUAGAGAAUAUCUCACCAGAGAGGCACGUCAACCUCUUCCUCUGCUUGACUGAGAUGAACGACAGUUCAGUACAUGAGGACAUUCACCAGUUCCUCACGUCACCAGAUCGACAAGAACGUGCUCUCUCAGGGGAUCACUGCUCAGCGCUGGCUAAUGCACUUCUGAUGUCACAAGGCGAGCUGGAUGAGUUGGACCAGAGGAAAUACAACAUAGAUAUCCAGGGGCGGAACAGAUUGGUCCCAGCAGUGAGGAAAUGCAGAAAAGCUGUACUGACUGACAUGAUUCUCAGACAUGAGGACUGUGUAUCACUGGCCUCCUCCCUCCAGUCACCAGACUGUCCUCUGAGAGAGCUGCACCUGGAGGAGAUAACGCUGUCUGUUGUUGAUGAUGGUGGUAAAGAUGGUGACCUGAGUGUUGUCUAUGCUGCCCUAAGAGGUCCACACUGUAAACUGGAGAUACUGAGACUGACUAACAUGAGUCUCAUCCCUGAGGACUGUGCAUCACUGGCCUCCUUCCUCCAGUCACCAGACUGUCCUCUGACAGAGCUGCACUUGGGGCGGGUUAGAGUGUCUGAUGGUGACCUGAAUGUUGUCCUUGCUGCCCUGAGAGGUCCACAGUGUAAACUGGAGACACUGAGACUGACGGACAUGGAUCUCAGACAUGAGGGCUGUGCAUCACUGGCCUCCUCCCUCCAGUCACCAGACUGUCCUCUGAGAGAGCUGCACCUGGAGGGGAUUACAGUGUCUGGUUAUGAUGAUGAUGAUGAAGAUGAAGAUGGUGACUUGAAUGUUGUCCUUGCUGCCCUGAGAGGUCCACAGUGUAAACUGGAGAUACUGAGGUUGAAAAGGUGUUACCUGACGGAGGACAGUUGUAGAAAGUUGUCUUCAGCUCUCAGCUCAAACUGUCACCUGAGAGAGUUGGACCUGAGUCACAACAACCUGCAGGAUUCAGGAGUGAAGCUGCUCUCUGAUGGACUGAAGAGUCCACACUGUAGACUGAAGAUCCUGAGGCUGUCGUUCUGUGGAGUCACAGAGGAAGGCUGUGCUUCUCUGGCUUCAGCUCUCAUCUCAAACUGUCGUCUGAGAGAGUUGGACCUGAGCUUCAAUCACCCAGGAGACACAGUUCUCUCUGGUCCACUCUGUAGACUGGAGAAACUCAAUGUGGACCAUAAUGAAGAGAUCUGGGUGAAACCACAGCUGCUUAAGAAGUAUGUCUGUGAUCUCACACUGGACCCAAACACAGCUCACAGAAAACUCUCUCUGUCUGAGGGCAACAGAAGGGUGGAGGGGUUGGAUGACGACCUCCCAGAUUGGUUUGGUGUACAGAAGGACAACAGGAGGGUGGAGGAGGACCUGUUGUAUCCUGAUCACCCAGAGAGGUUUGAUGAACAGCAGCAGGUGCUGUGUAGAGAGGGUCUGACUGGAUGCCAUUACUGGGAGGUGGAGUUGGGGGGGGAGGUGGGGUGGCAUCUGGUAGGAGUGACGUAUAGAAGCAUCAGGAGGAGAGGGAGGAGUGCAGCCUGUAGACUUGGACACAACGACAGAUCCUGGUGUCUGGGCAAGUCUUGUUCUAAACUCUAUGUCCAGCACAAUUGUGAAGGGACUUCAAUACCUGUCAGAUCUCGGUCCAGCAGAGUAGGAGUUUACCUGGACUGGCCAGCCGGUGUUCUGUCCUUCUACAGCAGCUCCUCUGAUACAAUGACCCACCUGUACACAUUCAACAGCACCUUCUCUGAGCCCCUCUACCCAGGGUUUGGCAUUAUGUUGCUUGGGUUCUCAAACUCACUGUCCCUGUGUAAAGUAAAGUAAAGUUCCUUCUGGAGGAACACAACAUGGGUCUCCAUAGAAACAGCCCCACUUCUGUUGUUUGGAUGUGUUGUUGAUGGUGGAACCCCCCCCCCCCACACACACACACACACUUGUCAGAUCAACACACACAUCAGAACAUCACAAACACUUUAGAAGAUAAAAUGAUAUAGUCCAUUAAAUAAGCAGGGACCAGGGUUAUUACACUGUUCUAAACUCCCCCACAGUUUGUUAUUCAUGGUUCUGUGUUUCUUGGUUUUUAUUUCUGUAACAAUUUUUUACAUUGGAGACUGUAAUUUGUGUAAUUUCCUAAAUAAACAGACACAAGCAAAUAGCAA